AUGUCCUUAUCUCCAGAUUUACCCACAUCAGCCACAACCGCUGUCACCACACUUCUCGAUUUACCCUCAACACCCGGAAUGUUGCCAAAUGGAAAGAAAACGAAAGGCCGUGUCAAGAUCAAGAUGGAGUAUAUUGGGAACAAAUUGAGACGAUACACGACGUUCAGCAAACGAAAGACGGGCAUUAUGAAGAAGGCCUACGAGUUGUCAACACUGACCGGCACUCAAGUGAUGUUGUUGGUGGCUUCGGAAACGGGUCACGUCUACACAUUUGCCACGAAAAAACUUCAGCCAAUGAUUAGCAGCGAUGCUGGGAAAGCAUUGAUUCAGAGUUGCCUCAAUGCGGCCGAUGAUGGUGAAAACGAUUGCGUUCCACACAAGACCGAGUUCACCUUUGAUAAUGGACAAAUAAACGGGAAUCGAAAGAGGAAAGCGAAUGAAGCUCCGUCACCAGAUCAGAUGAUCGGCUCAUUUCUACCGACAAUGGUCCCGAACUCUCUCUUCACAAAUUUCAACGAAGAGGAGUACAAUCCAGACGAUUCGGAUGACUCGGAUUCGGAGGAGGGAGUCGAAUUGAAAGACGUCAAAGAGGAGAUCAAAGAGAUCGUCGACGAGCACAAGGAAAAGGAAAAAGCUCUCGCUCUACAAAAAACGUUAAAAGAAGCCCUUAAAGCCGCCGCCAACAAUCGACAACAACAACAGAAUAAGAAGAAGAAAAUUGAAGAACAGCAGAGAAUUCAGAGCAUCACCCAUCAACAACUCAACAACGCUCUUUUGGCUCCUUUCUUGCUUGGAGCAACUACCUCAAAUGGAAACACGGUGCUCCAAUUGCCACAAGGCAUUGUGACGCUGGAAAAAGUUGAGCAAACAAAUGAGGGCGCUACAGCAGCCAGCGGGGGUCUUUUCAUCCCGAAGACGGCCGAGGAAGCGGUUGGAAAUGUGAACCCAAUGCUCUUGCAAUCGAUGCCGUUCUUGAACUUUCAACAGUUUAUCGAAUCCGCGAGCGCUAUGAAGAACGAGUCC